CAGACGCGCCCGACCCGGGCUUAAAGCCUUCCUGCCGCUCGGCGCGCCACCCGGCAGCAGAGAGACGGGCGGCCGCGCAGGCGCAGAGGGCGAUUUGCCGGUUGGGCGCGGGAACAACAGACGGGCGGCGAGUGGCGCGGGCCGAGCAGCAGCCAAAAUGACCACCACCCAGAAGCACCGGGAUUUUGUGGCAGAGCCGAUGGGAGAGAAGCCCGUCGGCACGCUGGCUGGCAUCGGGGAUGUCCUUGGUAAAAAGCUAGAAGAUAAAGGCUUUGACAAGGCGUAUGUGGUGCUCGGGCAGUUCUUGGUGCUGAAGAAGGACGAGGACCUCUUCCGUGAGUGGCUGAAGGACACGUGCGGCGCCAACGCCAAGCAAUCCAGAGACUGUUACGGCUGCCUGCGGGAAUGGUGCGACGCCUUCUUGUGAAUGCCGUGGCUCAGGACACUGUGGAUGCUGUUAGGGGGUUUUUGUAGUUGGGUAGAGAUCAGACCUGUCCCCUUUGCCCCACAACCUUCCCGCCUUUCCCAGCCUUCCAGCAUCUGCAGUGAGUCCUCCGUGGGGCUGUCAAAAGAGAGGGGAAAAAAGAAAUAUUUUCAUUACGUCAACCUUUUAAAUGUAACUGGCCUAUUUUUCCUCUGGGGAGGAAGUGGAGAAGGGCGGUUGGGGGGAAUGUUUUGAUGCUGGGCUUCAUAAGGUGGCUUUUUAUAACCCCCCCUUCACUGUCCGGCCAGCUAGUUACAAACACCACCUGGGUCUACUGAUGCAAGUGGGGGCGUCUUCACCUCCCUUGAUUGAGCUUGGGUGGUGAUUCGUUUCUAAAAACACCAGCUGUAUUAAGUCCUCCCCGGUUUAUUCCCAACCACUUUUUGAUCCUCCGUGUAACUCUUACACUGUUUGGUUUGAUGGCAGGAAGGAGGGAAAUCAUUGCAGAGUUUUUAAGCCAAUAAAAAUCAUCUGUGUUAA